AUGGACUCCAAUGCCUCGUCUAUUAUGUGCGAGUGCGACCUUUCACCAUUCGAGAAGCUGCGCAACUUCAGGAACGACGAUAGCACAGUAUUUCUUGGCGAUGGCUCCCUCGCCGCGGCUCCCACUCCCAAACUGCACCAACGUGGGCUCAGAUCAGUGAUCAAGGUCGUCGACGACAGAUGCCUAGUUUUCGAUCCGCCCGAGGACAACCCUGUCCAAAAGUUCUCCCGAUCAGUCGUUCCCCGCGGAAAGAAGGUCAAGGACCAAGUCUUUGCUUUCGACAGAGUAUUCGACGAAAAUGCGACGCAGGCCGACUUGUACGAAGGAACAACCAGGGGGUUGCUGGACAGUGUUCUGGACGGAUACAAUGCCACGGUAUUUGCCUACGGCGCCACGGGCUGUGGCAAAACACACACCAUCACGGGCACGCCCCAGUCGCCGGGUAUUAUCUUCUUGACAAUGCAGGAGUUGUUCGAAAAGAUUCAGGACCGCAGCGAUGAGAAGCACACCGAGAUCACCCUUUCUUACCUCGAAAUCUACAACGAAACGAUCCGCGAUCUGUUGGUGCCGGGCGGGAGCAAGCAAGGGCUGAUGUUGCGCGAGGAUUCGAACCAGGCUGUUUCGGUGCCCGGUCUCACCAGCCACCGCCCGAACAACGUGCAGGAGGUUAUGGAUAUGAUAGUGCAGGGUAACGAGUAUCGCACAGUAUCGCCCACAGCGGCCAACGCCGUCUCGUCCCGAUCCCACGCCGUGCUGCAAAUCAACAUCGCCCAGAAGGACCGCAAUGCCGAUAUCAACGAACCACAUACCAUGGCUACUCUCAGCAUCAUCGAUCUUGCCGGAAGUGAGCGCGCCAGUGCUACCAAGAACAGAGGAGAAAGACUGAUCGAGGGCGCCAACAUCAACAAGUCACUCCUUGCGCUCGGCAGCUGCAUCAAUGCGCUGUGCGACCCACGAAAGAAGAAUCACGUUCCCUACCGCAACAGCAAGCUCACACGUCUCUUGAAGUUCUCUCUUGGUGGAAACUGCAAGACGGUCAUGAUUGUGUGUGUCAGCCCGUCGAGUGAGCACUUUGACGAGACCCAAAACACACUCCGAUAUGCCAACCGCGCAAAGAACAUCCAGACCAAGGUCACCCGCAAUGUCUUCAAUGUCAACCGCCACGUCAAGGACUUUUUGGUCAAGAUUGACGAGCAGAUGGCCAUGAUUAAUGAGUUGAAGGCGCAGCAAAAGGAUGCCGAGAAGAUCUUCUUCACCAAGUUUCAAAAGCAGAUGGACAAGCGGGAUGGGAUUGUCAAGGAAGGAAUUGCCAGGCUGCGUGCAGCAUAUGAAAAUGCGGCGCAGGAGAGGCAGGAGAAGGUCAACAUGAUGAAGAAGCUCAAGAUCUUUGAAAGAAGGUGCGGGCUCCUGUCAGCGUGGAUUGCUGCUUUCGAUGCUGUGUGCGAUUCCAGGGGUGACGAGGAUGCGAUGCCGUCCAACUUGUCGGCUAUGCGCAAGACGGCGCACGGGGUUCUGGUCGAGCUGGAAAGCAGCAGACAUCAUAUCCGGCAAAAGAUGGAAAGGUCAAACUGGGAGAGGGCGUUGGAUUCGGCACUGCACCACAGUCUAGGGCAGCUACCAAAGGGCGACGGGAUUGCUGACACGUCGGAGAGAGACACGUUGACACGGGAAGCCGAGUCACUAAAGACUGCAUUUGUGCGGGACGCUUACUGGGAAGUAUUGGAGCAGGACAAGGCCGGUGAUGCGGCUGUGCUCCAGGUCCUGAUGACGGCUCAGUUUGAGAUUCUGUCGUCGCUGUCUGAAACGCUCAACAUGAGUGAGGAAGAAGCCAUUACUCACGCCAAGGGGAUUAUCAGCCGUCUCCUGGAAACCGGAUACUCGGCAGCCUCCCACGUCGUCAAGCCGGACGGAUCCAUGAUGCCCGUCGAGCUGUUCCCUCCCACCAAGCGCGGGACCCCCAAGCGUAAGAAGUCGCUCAGCGUCCACAACCUCAAACCCAUCCCGGCGCCCCUAGGUCUGGCCGCACUGUCGACAGCGCAACAGCAGGUACUUGUCUCUCCGAUGAGAGCUUCAUCCCCGAGACGCCGUAAGGUCGGCACCGCCAGGAAGGGUGUGUCUUUCACGCCUGUCAAAAAGAAGAAUUCUGUCCGCUGGCGCGAUGACGAGACGGAGGAUGGAACCCUGGCUGACUUCGAGAAGACGCCCCAGAAGUUUUCUUCCCCGGCCGAGGCCUCCCUUAUCGAUACCACCGAAAAGUCCCUUCCGGCUCCUCCCCCGGCUCCCUCAUACCUCAACCACCCGGAUUCGCCGCCGCCCAAGGAAGCCCCAGCCCCGGUUCCCGCACCCACAGCCUGCGAAUCUCCGAAUGAUGACGACUCAAUCAUGUCUCUGCCCGACGUAUCGACCCUUCGUGUCAGCAAGCCCUCGACGAACCGAUUCCAGGCUGGGUUCCUUUCCAAGUCCCGCACGUCACAGAUUGGCACCAGCUCACCACCACCGCCUACCUUUACGUUGAACUUGACCGGAUCGAGCGAUGUCGAGGAUAAACCGUCGCCGCUGCGCAGCAUUCCCGUAAGUAGAGCAGGCAACAGCUUGUCGCCUCCUCAAUACCGAAGUGUGAGCCCCAAACUUUCCAAUAAUUCCAUUCUUUCUACCCUGAAGGAGAAUGAGUCUCCACAGCCGCCACAGCCCCAGCGCCUGUCGCCAUCGGGCAUUUCCAGGUUACCGAGAGCAUCGCUCGGCUCGGGUUCCGACUCGGAGUCGUCCACCCUCGACCCGCUGAAGAUCAGAAGUGCUCUGCACUCGCACAAGCGCAAGGAGCGCCUGUCUCUGAUGUCUGGCACCGCCUCUUCGAACGCCAAGCGCGUGUCGACAGUGGGGUCAGUAUCGGGACACCGGGCUUCGCUGUCGUGCUCGGGCCCAGCCACAUCGGCCGCCGCAUCCAAUGGCAUCUCGCGCCAUCGCCGCGGGAGUGCGGAGAGGAGAAGGUCGCCGCCUAUCAGCUGCUCUCCCCCGGGUAAGGGAGGGGAAUUGUCGUUUUUGAGCCUGAACAGCGCUGUUGCUUCGGUGGGGACGAACGGUAGGCUUACGCAGGGUCAGGCGAGGAGGAUGAAUAUGGGGGGUAGUGGCAGUUUGAGGAACAAGGAUGGGCCGGGGCAUAGUCCGGGAAGUUCGAGGGCUAGGCAGCCGGGGCCGCCGUUUCCGGGGAUUGGUGGACUGCCGGGGAUUGGGGAUGGGAAAGCUAGAAGGGUUACCAUUCAGGCUUUUUCGGGGCAGGCUCAGGAUGGGGGGACGAGGACGGGAGGGGGGAGUUUGAGGAGCAGGCCUAGUAUGGUUUGGCGGUAG